GGCGGCGCGGAGCUUUGGGGGUUUUGGUCACCCCCAGCACCCCUGGCACCGCUUCCCAACCCCGCUGCCUCUUGUCCUCCCCUUGCCAGAUGGAAUUUUCAAAACCCUGGCCUAAUUUCGGGGCUGGGAGAACAGGAGCGAGGCGAGGGAGGCUGAUGGCCCACGGCCAUGACAGCUCCGCUCCAAGGCGCCAGGGCACGGGCACCGUGGGAGCAGCAGCACGGAACGGUUUUCCCCUCCCUGUGCUCUUCCUGUCAGUUUUACACUGAGGGAUUAGCCAAAGUCUUGUCUUUUUUUGACGGAAGAAGCAUCAAAAAGAGCCUGGAAACAUUUCGCAGCCACCCAUCGUCGCGGGUGCUCUGCCAAAGGGGCUUUUUCCAGCGCUCCGGAGAGCUUGACAAAGGGUUAAGUGUGGAGGAAUGCUGAGCAACCCAGCAGGCAGGAAGCGAGUAUCUCCAAAGCGUCCCCCCGACCCACAGAAAUAACAUCAAAACCAAAAUCUCAACCCAAGCAGAAAUCUGAGCUGGCUGGGAGCGAUGCAGCGAAUUCCAGCGGGGCUCGGGUGGGAACGGCAGCGUGGGAGAGGGAGAGCCGUAAAGGGUCCGAACACCGGGGUUUUGGGGCUGGUGGGGAGGGAGGGGCAAGGCAGGUUUAGGAGGAUUAUCUUGUGUUUUAGGCAGGGAGAUGAUGGGGCUGGGAAGACAAACUUCUUGGCAGGCAAACGAGCUGCGGUGGGAGCAUCGUUCCUUUGGGGCUGAAAUGGGGAAAUGGGAAAGGGGCCGUGGCGGUGCUGCCGUGGGGGCUGUGCGAUCUGCUCGGGGGCUGGCACGCACCUUUAGCUCUGCUCCCGCUCCCUCGUAACAUCUGGCAACACGGAAUGAAAACAUCACCCAGAGAGCGGCCGAGAAAAGCGGCCAAAAAGCAACGCCUUUCCCAUCUCUGCCCCCACGCGCCUAUUUCAAAACCUCGCUCCUAUUUUGCGCGAGCUCCGCGUUUUUCCCUCUUUUCCCUUCUUAAAGCCCGCGUGCCAAAAACCAAGCCCUCCGAGGUCGCGCGGCGAGGGACAGAGAGCGGCCCCGCACGUGGGAGCUCUGCAGCCGGCGGUGGGAGCGCGGCCUUUCACAUGGGAAAGUGUGGGGCGGGAGCCAAAAAAAAAAUGUGGCUUUUUGUGCAAGGAACCACGCAGCUCGCACCGGCGGCUCUGACCCCUCGUGGCGCCCAAGGAAGGCACCCAGGGAGCCCGGGAAGGUGCAAAGGGAACCGCUCAGGUCCUCUGCUUUAGGCUGCAUGGCGUCAUUUCCCAGCUUUAAUAGGAGGAAGCAAAACUCGAAGGGAAAUAAAUAAAAAAAAAAAAAACGCAGCUGGUAAAUAAGGCUGAGCUGCUAACAAUGCCUCGCGCCCGAGCAGAUGACAUUAGCAGGAUUCCUGCGGAAGCAGCCGAAGGACGUUGUUUGGGGCUUCUGCUGCAGAAGAGAAGAUGGAUGGAGCCACCCCGCGAUGGGAGUGGGAGGGAAGCCCCCAGCCUGCUCCCCACGGCGCCUGCACCCACGGGUGCUGGGAUGGGGACCCCGCGGUGCCGCGCAGCGGGUGGACAGGUCCCAGCGCACUCGGCCCCUCUGCAGAAGACUGGGACGAGCACGCCGAUGGCACCCCUGGGUUUCUCCUGCACGAAGGCGCUGCUGGCCACGGGGCUGCUGCUGCUGUGGCUGGCACCGGCAACGUUGCUGGCAGUGCAGCAGCCCCAGCCCUUCCUCUUUGUGGAGCCCAGCACUCCGGUGGACAUCAGCUGCAUUCUGGACGAGACGCAAGAUGGCAGAGGCAACGUGUUCUGGUACCGGCGUGUCCGUGGGGAGAGGCCCCAGCUGAUCCUCAGCUGCUUGCAAGUUCAGGGGGAAUUUUCCUGCAAGUACACGAAGGGACGCGCCGUGCUGCACAUCGCUGCUGCAGGCAGCAACCACACCGGCCUCUACCUCUGCGCCUACUACAUCAACUCCAGGCUGAAGUUUGGCAAUGGCACCGCGCUGAUUGUGGGAGACAGCUGGAGGGCCCAGAGCUGGGUGCGGGUGCUGGCGCCCCACGGCUCCCCUUCAGACCCCCCCGGCCUGGUCUGUGCCGUGGGCAACGCCAGCGGCCCCGUCCUCGUCUCCUGGCCGGGGGGGCCCAGACCCCAGCAGGUGCUGGGGCUGGGGGGCAGCACAGAGCCGCUCAUCAGCCCCGCGGGCAUCGCCGGGGGCACCGGGGGGCUCUGCGAGGUGCGCUUCAAUGCCUCCGGUCCCCCCGUCCGCAGGAGCGUGGAGCUGCACGGGGCCAAGGAUGGCUGGGACAAGCCGGCCCCCCCAGGUGCCUGCACGACACCAAUUGUCGUGGCCAUGGCCGCAGCCGGGGCGCUGCUGCUGCUCGGCCUCAGCCUCGGCGUCCGCUGCCUCCUCCGCGCACGGACGGGACUCCGGCCCAGAGCCCCGAACCCUCCUGCACCCCAGCAGCAGCAGGGAGAGCUGACGUACGCCCAGCUCCGCUUCGCCACCCCAGCGAGGGCAGCGCCGUGACCCACGGGGCUGGGCCCCAAGGCCUCGGUGGCGGCGCCGUGCAGCCCCGGGAGGCUGCGGCUGCCCCGGCCGCCGGGACAGCGGGGACUGAAACUACAACGAGGGGGCUCGAAGGAGGAGUGAAUGACGGGCUUGGACCUCAAAUGUGGCGUUAAUAAAGAGAUUGAAACAAAAACAUUGGAUAAAGCAUUGUAUUGAAACUGAAUUGAGAAGUAAAUAUAGAGAGUGAACCUCAAAUGAGGGUGAAUAAUGGGAGUGGACCUCAAAUGUGGCGUUAAUAAAGAGAUUGAAACUAAAA